AUGGCGUCUGAUCACGUCCGAGUGCCGGAAGAUUGCAGCGCGACGCUAUGCGACGACUGUCAAAAGAUUGAUUUCCAUCAGCUGUUCUACCCGACAUCUCAAACCUAUCAGUGUAAAUCAUCUCCAGUCCGUGUUCCUCCAGAGGAUGAUACCGAAUUUCGACUGCGAAGCAUUCCUGCAAAGGAUCUCACUGAGGAUUUCAGUUCAGCCUACUCCCUUUGCUGCUUGUUCCAAAAUACGGUUGCGAAUGAUAUCUCGCGGCUUUGGGAAGACGAAAAGCAGGAAUUAGCCAAAUCGAAGGAUUGGGCAUUAUACAGCGUGCCUGUGGCAUCUCCUGGAACUAUCCCGGUUUCAAACUAUGUGAGAAUAGGGGUAAAGGACAUGUCGGAUUGGUCCCCUCCGCUCAACAAUCUACUUGUCUCAAUACCACCCUCAGAAUCUUCUAUGCUGGAUAAAAUAAACUGGGGACGUGUGAAUAGGUGGUUGGCAGAUUGCCAUAAAGAUCAUGUGUCGGCAUACUGUCCUAAAUCCGCCCAGGUGACUGUAUCUGGAAUCCGAGUGAUCGAUGUUUCAACCCUCAGAAUCGUACAGCCAACUACCCCCUCCCUCGAAUAUGUGGCACUCAGUUAUCUUUGGGGCGAAUUCAGUGGUGAAAGCCUGAUCGAGAGUUCUUUACCUUCUACGCUGCCCUUAACAAUUCGAGACACGGUCGAAGUUGGGAAGACUUUACGUUACCGAUAUCUAUGGAUCGACCGAUAA